GCGGCGCGGCCGCGGAGCGGGUCAGUGACAAAGUUUCCCCGGCGUCGUGCAUCUCGGCUCGCGCGACCGCCCGUCUCCCGUGACCGCCCCGGGAAAGACUCGGGGGUUUUAUUUUAUUUUAUUUUUUUGAUUUAAAUUUGGAAAGGAAAAAAAUAUAUAUAUAAAUAUAUAUCUCCACCUCGUUUCCUUUGUCAAGCUCUCUCUCCGGGUGGCCAGCGGCGGGAGCUGCAAACUUGGGCACGGCGGCGACUGCACAGCCAGCGGCCCCGGCUUUGGAGACAGAACCCUCGGGGACUUGGGGUGCCAGGGAGUGGGUGUGAACGCGAGGGCGGGGGGUCGUCCCGGGCGCACAGCAAGGAGGGUCCCCGGGAGCUCUCUAUGGAGGAGGGAGGCCAGAAUGGUGUGCACCAGGAAGACCAAAACUUUAGUGUCCACCUGCGUGAUCCUGAGCGGCAUGACCAACAUCAUCUGCCUGCUGUACGUGGGCUGGGUCACCAACUACAUCGCCAGCGUGUAUGUGCGCGGGCAGGAGCCGGCGGCCGACAAGAAGCUGGAGGACGACCACGGCGACACCCGGAAGAUCAUUGAGCGGCUGGACCACCUGGAGAACGUCAUCAAGCAGCACAUCGAAGAGGCUCCUGCCAAGCCUGAGGAGGCGGAGGCCGAGCCCUUCACGGACUCCUCUCUGUUCGCGCACUGGGGUCAGGAGCUGAGCCCCGAAGGCCGGCGCGAGGCUCUGAAGAAGUUCCAGUACUACGGCUACAACGCCUACCUCAGCGACCGGCUGCCUCUCGACCGGCCCCUGCCAGACUUCAGACCCAGUGGGUGCCGCAACCUCUCGUUCCCCGACAGCCUGCCCGAGAUGAGCAUCGUGUUCAUCUUCGUCAACGAGGCGCUGUCGGUGCUGCUGCGCUCCAUCCACUCGGCCCGGGAGCGCACGCCGCCCCACCUGCUCAAGGAGAUCAUCCUGGUGGACGACAACAGCAGCAAUGAGGAGCUCAAGGAGAAGCUGACAGCAUACGUGGACAAGGUAAACAGCCAGAAGCCAGGCUUCAUCAAGGUCGUCCGCCACAACAAACAGGAAGGCCUCAUCCGCUCCAGGGUCAGCGGCUGGAGGGCAGCCACAGCCCCAGUGGUGGCCCUCUUCGAUGCCCACGUGGAGUUCAACGUGGGCUGGGCUGAACCCGUCCUCACCCGCAUAAAGGAGAACCGGAAGCGGAUCAUCUCCCCGUCGUUUGAUAACAUCAAAUAUGACAACUUUGAGGUAGAAGAGUACCCGCUGGCUGCCCAGGGCUUCGACUGGGAGCUGUGGUGCCGCUACCUAAACCCCCCCAAGGCCUGGUGGAAGCUGGAGAACACCACAGCCCCCAUCAGGAGCCCCGCCCUCAUCGGCUGCUUCAUUGUGGACCGGCAGUACUUCCAGGAGAUAGGCCUGUUGGACGAAGGCAUGGAGGUCUACGGUGGCGAAAAUGUCGAGCUUGGGAUCAGGGUGUGGCAGUGUGGUGGAAGCGUGGAGGUCCUGCCCUGCUCCCGGAUUGCCCACAUCGAACGAGCCCACAAGCCCUACACGGAAGACCUCACAGCCCACGUUCGUAGGAAUGCGCUCAGGGUGGCCGAAGUGUGGAUGGACGAAUUUAAAAACCAUGUUUACAUGGCAUGGAACAUACCCCAAGAGGACCCGGGAAUUGACAUUGGGGACAUCACGGCGAGGAAGGCUCUGAGAAAACAGCUUCAGUGCAAGAGCUUCCGAUGGUACCUGGUCAGUGUGUACCCCGACAUGAGGAUGUACUCAGACAUCAUUGCCUACGGGGCGCUUCAGAAUUCCCUGAAGACCAACCUGUGUCUUGAUCAGGGUCCAAAUACAGAAAAUGUUCCCAUCAUGUACAUCUGCCACGGGAUGUCAGCCCAGAACGUAUACUACACGAGUAGCCAGCAGCUCCACGUGGGCGCCUUGAGCCCCACGGUCGAUGACGAUGACAACCGGUGUCUGGUGGAUGUCAACAGCCACCCGCGGCUCAUCGAGUGCAGCUACGCCAAGGCCAAGAGGAUGAAACUGCACUGGCAGCUCUCUCAGGGAGGCUCCAUCCAGAACCGCAAGUCCAAGCGCUGUCUGGAGCUGCAGGAGAGCAAUGACAUGGAGUUCGGCUUCCAGCUGGUGUUGCAGAAGUGCUCGGGCCAGCGCUGGAGAAUCAGCAACGUCCUGAGGAGCCUGGUGUCCUGACCCUCCCCAUCCCGGAGCUGCCGCCGGCCACUGCCUUGCUACUGUGUAGCACCUGCUGCAAUGUCGCUUGCUGUCUGCGUGGGGUGUUUGGAGUCUGGGGGGUCAGGUUAGUGCCUCCUCCCCCCCCCCUUCAACAAAAAAGAGCUUCUUAUUUCUUAUUCAAUUUUCACGGAGUUUAUAGAGAGAUGCUGAGAAGUGGGUGAGGGUAUAAUAUCCUAAACUAUUUUGCAACUGUAAAUAGGGGACAAAUGGAAAAUAUUUAUAACUGACAAUAAAAUAUGAUUGAUUAAGAAAA